UGUGAGUGCCUGCGGGCCAGGUCAGGGCCUCGGCUAGGGCGCCCCCUCCCUGCGGUGAAGAGCGAGCCGAAACAGGUCCAUGGGCAGCGGCCUUGGGGCUCCCGCUCCUCCGCCCUGCUGUCUGCGGUGGCACCUUCGUGCAGUAUCCCAAGGCCCUGAGCCAUCUUCUAUUACUUUCCCAGGCCACAAGCAUGAAGCUGAAAGGGAAGUGGAGCAACCUGGACAAGAACUGGCACCCUUUUAGGAUCCUGUUGCAUGCAAGGCGAGGAUGGCUGUGCCCUACCCUGGCUUCUUGAGGGACAGAGCCAGGCUGGAGGGGGAUCUGAGCAGCCCCCAACCCAAGAGGGCAGUGCUGGAGCUGUCCCUUCUGCUCCUGUAGAAUCAGCGCUGGUUGCCGUCCACCUACGUCUGGAGGUUCCAGAGGAGGCCUGGCUCUCUGUGCUUGCUGAAAGCCUGACUCUCCCCACCACUUUGCCUACCUCUUCCUUCACUCGCCUCAGUCUCACAACAGUGUGCAAUGCCAGUCGCCAGGACGCCGCCAUCUCUUGCACAUGCUGCAUGGGAUACCAGUGGAACAUCAGCUUCUGCUCCAGCCACCAGCGCUGCCCCGACUCCCCCCGGCACCCACCCUGCCGCUGUCUGAUCUUCAGGCAUUCUGAACCCAGCUACUGCCAGUUACUGCCACCUGGUGAGCCAGGCAGGGAACUGGAGAACCGCAGCGUCCAAGCCCCCUGGAACCAGAGCCUCCCUUCCAGCCGACACACCCCUGGCAGCACACUGCAGCUGACCCUCAGAUUCAGCCAGGAGUUCGCCAGCCUGAGAUGGCUCCUGAGGAGCCCCGGAGAGCACAACAGCCCCCUGGGACCGGGGGCACAGGUGUCUCUGAUUCCCAGCCAGGACCAGGCUGCUCUUCCUGUCACUCCAAUGCCCCAGGAGUGGGCAGGUGAGCAUACGAGCAGCUUCAAGGCCCAGGGAGUUCUGUGGGAGCUGUACCAAGUGGUGAAUGUGUCCUUGAGGGCAGCUCACCUUCUGGACCAGCUGUCCGUCUUCUGCACCAGCUCCUCUGGCUUCCAGCUGAGCUGCUGUGUCCCCAACACAUCCCUGACCUACAUGGCUACCUGGAGUUCCGGGGAGGACAGUGAAGCCCCCUUCCUGCACACAUUGAGCCCUCAGUGCCUGGUGCAGGCUGUCCAGCACUGCCCAGCUACCAACAUCACAAGCACGUGCGAGCUGCAGAGCCAGGGCUCGGCUUCUCUCAGGGUCCCCGUCUCCAUCACCGAAAUCCAAGAUGGAGACAUCAUGUGCUCUGAGGACUCCUGGAAUAUCACCAAGGCUGUCUUCCGGGUGCUGGCAGACUUGAUCCGCCUACAAAGUCUAGAGGAGAGGACCAUGUUGCCCUCUGACUUGCUGUCACUACUGAACAACACAGAGCACCUGGGCAUGGUGGUAGCACAGGACCAGGGGCAGCUUAAGCCCAAGAUCCUACAGAAUAUCCUGAUAACCGUGGACAAGAUCCUAGACAUGAAUAUCAGUUCCUUGUGGACAGCGGUCCAGGUCCAAUAUCCCCGGAUGCCCUCAUUUUUCCUGUGGGCUAUGGAGACCCUGGCAAGCCGACUGCACCUGCUGAAUCGAUCAUUCACCCUCAACUUGACCAACGUGUUCCUGCACAGCCAGAUCUACCCACCUACAUCCUCUUCUAACUAUAUAAUUGCCUUGCCCCUUGUGCAGGCACAGAUCCCCUGGCACUCACUGGCCCCACAUGUCCCUAAUGGAACCAGUGUCCGAAUCACAAGCUUGCUGCUGCAAAAACUAGACCAUCUCCUGCCCACAAACUAUGGGCAGGGGCUGGGAGAUGACCUCUACGUCACUUCUGGUCACAUCCUCUCCAUUUCCAUCAUGGCUGGUCACCAGGCCAUCAGGCAGGCAAAUGUCAUCAUGCACUUUGAGGCCAUAAGUGGUGUCCCCCACUGUGUCUUCUGGAACUACAAUCUCUUUUGGCCCAAAGGGGGUUGGUCAAAGGAAGGGUGCCGGGUGGCCUUUGCAAAGCGCACUGCUCAGUGCAUCUGUGAGCACCUCACUGCCUUCUCCAUCCUUAUGUCCAAGCACUCUGCCCCACAAGACCCUGCCCUGGAUCUGCUGAGUCAGGUGGGCCUAGGGGCAUCCAUAAUGGCACUGCUAGCAUGCCUGGCUGUGUAUAGGCUGGUAUGGAAAUGUGUGGUACGGAACAAAAUUGCCUACUUCCGCCAUGCCGCCCUGCUCAACAUGGCUCUCUGCUUGCUGGCUGCAGACACCUGCUUCCUGGGCUCCCUACUGUUCCAACCCGAACCCCAGAGCCUGUUCUGCCUGACCACGGCCUUCUUCUCUCAUUUCCUUUACCUGGCCACCUUUUUCUGGAUGCUGGCACAGGCCCUGGUGCUGGCCCACCAUCUGCUUUUUGUCUUCCAUCCACUCUCUAAGCACCGAGUCCUCACCCUCAUGGUGAUCCUUGGCUACCUGUGCCCUCUGUGCCUUGCUGGGGCCACCAUGGGCCUCUACCUCCCUCGGAAGAAGUACCUACGGCCGGGACUAUGCUGGCUGGAUGCGAAGGGAGGGGCGUACUAUACCUUUGUGGGGCCUGUGCUCAUCAUCGUGGGUGUCAACGGGCUGGUGCUGGCCAUGGCGGUGCUGAAGCUGCUGAGACCAUCGCUGUCAGAGGGGCCUCCAGCAGAGAAGCGCCAGGCUCUUCUGGGGGUGGUCAAGGCCCUGCUCGUUCUCACACCCGUCUUUGGCCUCACCUGGGUACUGAGCCUGGCCACUCUGUUAGAGACAGGCUCCAUAGUCCCUCACUACAUCUUCACCAUCUUCAACGCCUUCCAGGGUGUCUUCAUCUUACUGUUUGGUUGCCUCAUGGACAGGAAGGUACUGGAGGCUUUGCAGAAACGCUUCUGCCAUACCCAAGCCCCCCGCUCGGCCAUCUCCCUGGGCACAAGUGAAAUCCACAUCUCAGACCAGAGCAAAGGAGGAAGGGAAAGCAGCAGCCCAGCUGUCUCCACUUGCCCCGCCCCCCUGCUCCCUGUCUGCCCCACCCCUCUCCCUGCAAAGCAUCUAAACAAGAAGAGCAUGAAAAACUGGCUAACCCUACCCAGUGAGCAAAUUCGCCUUUGAUGUAAGACUAAUCAACAGGAAACCAAAGUCCAAAAUAAUUGGAAGUAAAACUGUCUCAACCAGGUUUUAAUGAAUAAUGA